GUGAUUUUUUUUUUGGAGUGUAAGCAGACACAGGGGUGAAAGAUGUCUCAAUGCCUUUAAUGAAGGAUAAGUCUCUUCUGUGAAGCCGAACUCAUCUGAAAAGCUACGUCUGAGUGAGAGUUUCUCUGCUGUGUUGGACGUGAUGACUUAAAACUUGAGGCUGAAGUUUGGAGGUGAUUGUGCUCGCGCGCUGGGGAGUGUAGAGAAAGGCCUAAUGACGUAGGAGAGUUUGAUCAUUUUCGUGUUUAGUGUCAGGAUUUAAUUCUGUCGUUUAGCCUCUUGGAAUAAAAAAGAAAUCAUCAUUUUUUUAGCCUGCAAAAAGCUGACAUUAUUAACUCGUAGAAUUGAAAUGAAAUAUAUUUUUGGAGCAACCUCACCUUCUGAAAAGGCCAAUAUAAAAAAUAUAGGAGCAAUAUAAACUUAAAGAAAUCCAGGAUAAGUAUAGCCUCUAUUAUUUCCACCAUACGCGUUCUAAUUGAAUUAAAGUAGUGCGUCCAUUGGCUGUGUAGAGGGCUCGUGCCCCCGCAUGCCUCUCCAAAAGCUCCUCCCCUCUUUGCUUACAAUCAUUGGGUGUGUGGAGAACUACAUCUUAUAAGAGCCGCUGAACAUCCCAUGUCCAGCCCAUAGUCUGAUCUGUAAAUCUGCAGGUGAGGAGCAGAUUGAACCUCCUUCCAUCAUUUUGUCACAGAGGGAGGCGCGUGAAGAGAAACAGAAACAAGCAGGGCUCGCGGUGGUUCUGUGUCGCCUCCUCGGCUGAGAUUCUCUUUCUGGACUCUUGAAACUUUUUCUUUAUUUAUUGUAAGAUCUAAAACAAUGCAGUUAGAGAACAUCCUUCCCAGCGCUAGCAUUAAUUUACCCAAAACCUUUUACAACCUCUCCUCGUCGGACAGUGCCAACAACAGUCCGAGGCCGUCAUCGCAGCUCGAGUAUCAAGAGGUGGACCGGACGGAGUCAGAGUCCAGCGCGCCGAAGAAGUACUUGGGUAACGGGAUGCUGGGUGAAGGAGAGGGGGACACUUUCACGAAAACGGGGCCCGAUGGGAGGAAAGGGUCCCCGGUGCUCGGUGAGGACGAGCUGACGAGCGCGCGGCGUUACAACAUAGACGAACUUGGCUCUGACAGAUACUUCAUCUCGUCUUCCCAAGCGAGUUCCGAGAUGGCGAAUCCCUGUUCCCUCUUUCCUUACGCAGGACAGACCGGCUCCGUGUACACCGGCUCCAGCAGCUCCAGGUACCCGGCCUCGCUUCAUUACGGAUCCGUCCUGCCGCCAACAGGCUUCUCCUCCUCGUCCGUGUGCACCGGCCGGAGCCAGUUUAGCAGCGGAGGGUAUCAGUUCAGCCAGGGGCCGGGCUGUUUGUACCCGUCCUAUCCCGGGACGGGGACAGGGAUCGGCUCUAUGUCUCUGCCGGGGUCUGCAGCCGGAGCCAGGGCGCAGGUCUAUCUGUGCAACCGGCCUCUUUGGCUCAAGUUCCAUCGGCACCAGACGGAGAUGAUCAUCACCAAGCAGGGCAGACGGAUGUUCCCAUUCCUCAGCUUCAACAUCACUGGACUCAACCUCACGGCUCAUUACAACGUCUUUGUAGAAGUAAUUUUGGCUGACCCGAAUCACUGGCGCUUUCAGGGAGGGAAGUGGGUCACUUGUGGAAAAGCAGACAAUAACAUGCAAGGUAACAAAAUGUACGUUCAUCCUGAAUCCCCGAACACUGGAGCUCACUGGAUGAGGCAAGAAAUCUCUUUUGGCAAGUUGAAGCUGACCAACAAUAAAGGAGCGAACAACAACAACACACAGAUGAUCGUCCUGCAGUCGCUGCACAAAUAUCAACCACGACUGCACAUUGUGGAGGUGACAGAAGACGGCGUGGAGGACAUGAGCAACGAGGCCAGAACCCAGACCUUCACCUUCCCUGAGAACCAGUUUAUAGCCGUCACUGCUUACCAGAACACAGAUAUCACGCAGCUGAAGAUAGAUCACAACCCUUUUGCAAAAGGCUUCCGGGACAACUAUGACUCGAUGUACACAGCCCCAGAAAGCGACAGGCUGACUCCGUCCCCGACAGACUCGCCUCGAUCCACCCAAAUCGUCCCUGGGGCCCGCUACGCCAUGCAGCCAUUCUUUCAGGACCAGUUCGUCAACAACCUGCCUCAGAACCGCUUCUACACCAGCGAGCGUGCCGUCCCCCAAACCAACAGCCUUCUCUCCCCACAGAGUGAGGAAGCCAGCGCAGCCGCCGCCUCAGCCCAGCGCUGGUUCGUCCCCCCAGUCCAGCAGGGAUCCAACAAGCUGGACUUGUCAUACGACAACGACUACUCCACCAGCAGCCUGCUCUCCUACGGCAUCAAACCACUCUCCCUGCAGACAUCUCAUGCCCUCAGCUACUACCCAGACUCUGCUUUUGCCUCCAUGGCUGCAGGAUGGGGCACCAGAAGCUCCUAUCAGCGCAAGAUGACCACCGGUCUGCCGUGGUCCCCUCGUCCAAGCCCCCCAGCCUUCCCUGAGGAUCAGCUGGGGGUUACAAAAGACAAGCUGCCCGAGGAGAGCGCUCCACCUGCCUCCACCUGGAUCGAGACAUCCCACUCCUUGAAAUCGGUGGACUCUUCCGAUUCUGGUGUGUACUCGGUGGUGUGCAAGAGACGCAGGAUGUCCCCUGGGGGCUCAAGCACAGAAAACUCCCCGACUAUCAAGUGUGAGGACUUGACCACAGAAGAGUACAACAAGGACAACCCAAAAGGCAUGGGUUAUUAUGCAUUCUACACAAGCCCCUAAGACUGUAUUUAUUAAAAAGUCAAAUCUAAUUCUUUGGUUUUGUUGAGUGCUCUCCAUUCCUUGUUAAUGUCUUUUUUCUCUUUUCUCUAAAGGUGCCAAAGCUUAGUGUCCCCCCCCCAAGCAAGCUGCACAAGGUUAUUUUCCCAGGCCAGCCCCUCUCACAUACCUGAGCAGAAACAUGCAUAGUGAUUGUUGUUUUUCAAAAAGCAUGUCCCCCUUUUUUAUCAAUUUAUUUUAACAAGUUUUUAUUUUAUUUUACAAAUGUGAUAUUUUUUAUUUGCCCCCUCCUUCCCCCUGCGUAUUUAAGUCAAUUUCGUUGUACAGUAUUCGUGCACUUUAGAAUGUGAUGUAUCUUGUACAAAUUGUCUUCAUGGAGGUGUUAUUAAAUGGAUAAUAAAAACAGCUUUUCACAAA